AACACACUCCAGGAAAACCUGCUUCGAUAUAUUUUACUUUCGUUUUAUAUACCUCUAUGUUAAUAUCUUAGUGCAGUGACAAAAGAACAUCAUCCGUAUGUCCUACGUGAUUGUUAAACCUCCAAUAAAUGUACAUAUUUAUAUUUUGUUAAAUAAAUUCGCUUUGAAUGCUGUAGACCAUCGUCGGAUACCCACGGCUGAUUACACUUCGCUACUCACUCAUAGCGAGGCCAAAUCAGUCGUGGAUAUCCGACAUUGGCUGAAGACAUUCCAAUAUGGAAGCGUUGCAACUUGUUAUGUGUUGCAAAGGAAUAUUCUUCAGAAAAUCGGGUUGGCAACGAUGGAUUUCUGUAGCUGCCUCUCAAACUGUCCGAAAAAAAAUGUAUGCCCAAACAUAUUCUAGUCCAGCUCCCGAGUACAAUAACAUUUUCAAGUUCGAAUUCUUUCAGCCGCGCCACAACAAGUAACAGACUACUGGAAAUACCACAGAAGCGUGUUGAUCACACUUUAAAAUGAAAUCGAAAGUAGGGCAUUACCGAGAAUCACGCUUUCAGAAAACAAACUUCUUAGGUAGCCCUAACUAGGGCAGAUUGCUAGAUAAUAACACAGUCAUUCAGAGUGGGCUAUUUUUAUCGAGUUCAUGAGUCAUUAAGAAAUCCAAAGGAUACAACGGGAAUCCAACACGAAAACGGUCCUAGCGUCCCGACAGCCUUAUGAGUGGAAUUCGGGAACAGAGUUAGCGAGUGACCAGACGACCAACCAUGGAGUUUCUGAUGCGAAUUGAAAUUCGUAUGACUAUCAUUUGCUUGGUGUUUGGCACGUGGGGAUUUGCGGUUGGAUUUCAGUUUAAUAAAUACUGCCCUGAAGUUUUACCUUCCAAGUGUUUCUGUAAUAAAGCACUUACCAGUGUUAACUGCGAGGGUCUACAACUGACUGAUAUACCAGCUGGCAUACCAAAAACUGUAGAAAAACUAUAUCUGACCCAUAACUACAUAGAUACACUCAAAAGCUCACGCUUCGGUGUUCUUCCAAAUCUCAAGGAGCUGUAUCUCCAAAACAAUAAGAUUAUGAAACUUCAAAUGCACACCUUUCACGCUCAAUACACUCCAAAUCUAAAUCUGCUCCGUUUAGACAAUAAUGUCAUUGCUUCUCUGGAAAAGUGGUCAUUUUACAACCUAACAGUUCUUGAACACGUGUACGUUGGAAACAACUACAUCAAGCAAAUUGAUGAGAACGCUUUUUUCAAAUGCACGAGCAUCACGUUCGUUAUUCUGGACAGUAACAAACUGACAAGAAUUCCUCCUCUAGGAACACUUCAAGGACUACAAAGUUUAUAUAUCCAAGCCAACGGUAUCAACAACGCAACAUUUCCGGCUGAGUACAGGAACCUAACUCAGCUGAAGAAUAUUGGUCUUAGCAAUAACUUCAUUCGUAUUCUAGGAAACGAAACUUUUGAAGCUUUGAGCACAACAACAGUCAUCAAGUUAGAACUAUCGAGGAACAAAAUCGACAAUAUUUCUCGUCACGCUUUUGCCCCGUUGCACAUGAUUCAGUCUCUGAAGCUCGGCAGAAAUCCAAUAACUGCUCCAGUACUUGAAAGUGCGCUCGUUGGUCUGCAGGGGAAGCCUCUUCGUUCCUUGAACAUCGCUAACUUGACUCUAGGUGGAUUCAUACCCAAUGCCACAUUCCAGCUUCUCCGAAACACGACCAUUAACACCUUACUCAUGGCAAACAAUAGGAUUCAACACAUUCCUGACAGAGCAUUUGCAGAUCUGGAAAAUUUACAGCUACUUGACCUCAGCAGCAGUGGUAUAACAUCAGUAGCCGAUACAGCUUUUGAUGGUCUAAAAACUUUGACUAAUCUCAAACUCAAUGAUAAUGUUUUGGAUGAUGUCCCCAACCAUAUGCCAACCACUUUACAACUGCUAUAUCUCAAUGGGAACCGAAUCGCCUCUCUUCCAGACGACAUCUUCUCCAACCUCAACAACCUUCAGAGGUUAUACCUUGGGGGAAACAACAUAGUGACACUUUAUCAGUCUUCCUUUAACGGGCUUGUCAAUCUGAAAACAUUGCAUCUCGCUCAGAAUAAGAUCAGUACUCUACCCGGGAAGGUUUUUCAGCCCUUCACACGUCUGAUAUCUCUUGAGUUGAACAGGAACAACAUCAAAAGCAUUUCAGAUCCGUCCUCCUUGUUUGAUUCUAUGAAAGCUCUUCAGAAUCUCAAUCUGGCCGACAAUGCCCUCGGAAUAAUGCCCACAACUUUAUUUAAUCAAUUGUCCUCCCUCCAAUAUCUCCAUUUGGAGAACAACAACAUCGGGCUUGCCAUGGAACACGACAGAGAGGGACAACUCUUUGCAGGUCUUCACAAACUACAAACUAUUGACCUGACAAAUAACCAAAUAAAACUUAUCUAUGAUUCCAGUUUUCGCGAUCUUAACACUCUGCAAUCACUAACUCUUCGUCAGAACCGCCUGUCUGCCUGGAGUCCCCAUCUCUUUAACAAGAUGGUAAAAUUAAAAACUCUCGAUCUUAGUCACAAUAUGAUAGCACUGGUCAACAGUACGUCCCUUCAGGAUUUGGGCAACCUUAUGUCACUCAAUCUUACAGAAAACCCUUUCGCUUGUACAUGUGAUCUACGUUGGUUUAGAGACUGGGUCAAUACGACGGACAUCGCAAUUCCUGGAUUGACUUCCUACGUUUGUAACAGCCCCGUGGCUUGGCGCGGAAAAAAGCUCUUGUCGUUCGACCGGACAAAAAUCAAUUGUCUGUUCUUCACCUUGCCAGUGCUCUUGACCGUGGUAGGGGUGGCUGUGUUCGUAGUGAUCAUAAUUAUAAUAUGUCUCUACCGUAAGAGAUGGUUUAUCCGACUCCGAUGCCAUCGCAUGUGCAGACGUGUUCGCAGAAAAGUGCAGAAGGCCCCAAUAAACUACGAACCGGUCCCUGGCACAGGCAACACGUUUGACGCAUAUUUGUCGUGUGCAGAAGAUGAUUGGGGAUGGGUUCUUGAUAAUAUUCUUAUGGGUAUUGAUAACGGCAAGCUGAUGAACGUGGAUUUUGGAGGUGAACACAAGCUUUACUUUGAUCGUAGAGAUUCGGAACCCGGAAAGUCAAAUAUAGGCAAUAUCGUGGACAACAUGGAAGCUAGCAGAACAGUCAUUAUUAUCCUUAGUAAUAACUAUGUUUCUGACCCGAGGUAUGCAUUCGAAUUAGAAUUUGUCAUUAUGUUGAAGGCCAAAGGAGUUAUAGAAGAUUUCAUCAUCGUGGCAAGUGAAUAUCUGAAAGUCAAACGCGUGCCGAAAGCGCUGCAUCCCAUGAUGGCGAGUGAGAGGUACCUCCAGUGGGAGGAUAAGGAUGACGCAGUACAGACUAUCAAGGGGAAAUUAAAAGAUUUCCUAUACAAACGUGAGUAUCCCUAAUUCGGGGAUAUUAACUCAUUCACCCCUGAAAUUUCAUAAUGAACUAGUCCAACCUUUAAACUUUAGAAGUUCAAAUGUAUUUUUAGGGACGAAUGAGUUAAGAAUUUGUAAAAAGUCUAUUGAUCGCGAAAAUCACAAAACAAAACACGCCAGAAUAUCUACGCGCUAUACAGUAUACGUAGCAUAUUGUUCAGUAAUAUUACCAGUAACCGCCAAUGUAUAUAAAUAAUAAUAAAUCAUAGAGAUUUCAAAUCGUACCAAAACUAACAUGUGUAAUAACCGAAGAAUAAGCGCGACGACGUCCUUUAUUCCCACCAGAACAUAAAUGUACAAAGAUUCGCCUGGUCACUGUUACACAAAGCUGACACCAAAUAGAUAUAUUAAUCAAUUUCAGAACUAUAUAGUAUGAAAGAUGGCAGUUGUUCACCCUCCCGGCAACAUUAAGGCACCAUGCAGAAUCAGACUUGUUAAUUAAAACAAAAUGCUUGGUGUAGAUGAAAACAAACUAUUAGCGGUGAGAACAGCGUUGUCGAUAUCUAAAUUGCUCACUUUAUAAUAAGAAACUCUUCGUGUUCGUUAUAGCAACCGUUGUAAAUAACGCUUUCAUCGUUAAAUUGUAAUUUAUAUACACCUACAUCGUUGCAUAUAUGUACACCAGGAGUGGGAGAAUAAUUUAAAACGAAAGUCCUGGGCCGUUAUCGUUUAUCGCGGUCCAAACGGUUGAACCGGUUUGACCAAAGUUGUUCGGUUAAUGAAAUAAGGUCGGACCUAGUAAUCUGAUGCUGCUUUCAGGCGAGCCUUGACCAAGCCUUGCACUUUUGCAGGUCCUAGGAUUUAUACCCAAAAAUGUUACAUUUAAAAACGAACGUACCGGUUGUUCCGCAUAAACGAACAGGCGCCUUGUUUUAUUUAGAUUUGGGGUUAUCAGUGAACAUAAAUAUAAAUCAAUAUACACGAUACCCCUACGCUCACGUACGUUCUCUGUACUCCCAUAUCUUGAUAAAAUAGAAGGCACUCAGUUCACCGUUACAUUGUUUCCAGGUAAAAACUAACCUGAACAAUCGCAUAAGUUGAUGAGAAUACUUAAGGAAGGUCAAAGAGGUUACAGAGGUGGCGCUAUCGAUUUGGUUAUGCCAUACAUCUUCCACGGGUGCAGGGAACGUAAGAGAACGAUUCCCCCUCCCCCUCCC